UCCGGUGGCGGUAGACAUCUUCCGCCGCCAACUGAACGGAAGGAAGCGGCUCUGGUGUCUUUAACGCGAACGCGUUCGCCGAUUUUGGCGUCGAUCAAUCAGCAUCAGCAACACGAAUUAUCGUGAUUAUGAAUGAUCAAUAAGUUAUAAUUACCAAUAGGCGAGUUUAUAAUUAGGAGUAUGCCUUCGUAGCGACUACGAGGACGACCGGCGUACCUUUAAGGCGACUAUCUCCACGGCUCGGUAGGUGUGCGACUCUCCAUCGCUACGAAACGAGACUAAGACUCCAGUCCUGCCAACCGUACGAUAACAACAACGUCAUCAUCAUCAAUUCAAGGAAAAGAGCAAAUCCUCGGCCCCGUCCCCCGCGCAAGCGACUGUGACGGCUAUCAGGCGCGGCGAGGAUGUCCAUCUUCACGCCCACCAACCAGAUCCGCCUCACGAAUGUGGCCGUGGUUCGCAUGAAGAGGGCGGGCAAGCGCUUCGAGAUCGCCUGCUACAAGAACAAAGUGCUCGGCUGGAGAAGCAACGUUGAGAAGGACGUGGACGAGGUGCUGCAGACACACACGGUGUUUGUCAACGUCUCUAAAGGCCACACGGCCAAGAAGGACGAUCUCUUAGCGGCCUUCUCCACCGACAACCUCACGGAGAUCUGCAAGGAGAUCUUGCUGAAGGGUGAGCUUCAGGUGAGUGAUCGUGAGCGAUCCAGCCAGCUGGAACAGUCCUUCCGGGACAUCGCCACGACCGUGGCUGACAAGUGCGUCAACCCCGACACCAGGAGGCCAUACCCCGUCGGGGUGGUGGAGAGAGCCAUGAGGGACGCGCACGUGUCCGUGAGGACCAACAAGAGCACCAAGCAGCAGGCGCUGGAAGUUAUCCGCGUGCUCAAGCAAAGCAUGGCCAUCGAGAGGGCCCAGAUGCGCCUUCGUCUGCUGCUGCCUCUCCGAGUUGGCGGCGGUGGUGGCGGUGGUGGCGGUGGUGGUGGUGGUGGCGAUGCCAAGCGCUUGCGGGAGAAGCUGAGGCCUUACAUGGUGGUCACCGAGAGGGAGGAGUGCGGAGAUCGUGAGAUGGAGAUUGUGUGCUUGGUCGACCCUGGUUCGUUCCGCGUGCUGGACGAGUUGGUGAGGAAGGAGACUCGGGGAGCCGGAGCUGUGGAGGUGCUCAGCCUCAAGGACGUGGAGGAGGGGGAUGAGCGGCUGGAGUAGAGAACCACAACAACAACCACAACAACUACAACAACAACAACCACAACAACAACAACCACAACAACAACUACAACAACCA